UCCAUAUAAUUUAUAUUUUAGAAAAACAUAUAGCAAGCAUGGCUACCUUGCAAAUGUGCAAGCAUGCACAACUUGAUCAAAAUAAACACCAAAAUGUAGCACAAAACAAUGAGAAAAAACAUCAUUUACACUUCUGGCAGAAACCAGGAAAUGAACAUAAAAAUGAUCAUGCUAUUAAGAAGCAUCAACCCAAUGUAGGGCACCAUAAUAAGCAAGGUCAUGAGUAUAAAAAUGGGCAUGCAACGUACCAUGAUCAUGUUAGUCAUCCUCGAGGUCAUAAGCUAAGACAAUGUUUUGGGCAUGGAUCUCAAAUUGCUUCCGAUGUUGAGGAAUCGGAAACAAUUGUUAUCGAAAGGAAGAUCGAGGAGAGGGUAGUCAUAAACCAUGUUAAGAAGAGUCAUCAACACAAGGAAGGAGCUAAUAAACACUUAAAAAGAUGCUGACACGUGAGCAGCUAAGGAUUAUGAUAUUUCAUGUUCAAGAAUAAAACAUAUUGAUUGAAGAUUGUAGUUGAAUGAAAGAAUUUGUAAUGUUAUGUUUUAAGAUAUGGAUUUCAUCCAAAAAAUAGAAUAAAAUAUAUUGUUUGUUGUCCCA